GAAAACUCACGCUCCAUACUUUGGGCACCAAGACUUCUUCGGGAGGGGACCGCAAGUAUAAAGCACUAAACAGUGGCAACUUUUCAAUCAUACCAUCAACCAACCGGCGCUUCGUGAACAUUCCCAGUGUGUGUCCCCAAAAAUAUAACUCGCUCCAGCAGAUUGAUCCACCAUACCGAGUGAAAAUGUUCCGUGCAAUUAUCUUUGUGUCACUGUUCGCUGCCUGCUUCGCCGGUCUCAUCCACCACCGACAGGAAAAUGAAGAGGUGGCGGAAACAGAACAUCACCACAAUAUCGAUCACAAGCAUGCGACCUCACAUCAGAGCUUCAAGUUCCACCACUUCCACCCGGUGCCGGUGUACGUCAAGAAGGAAGACCAGCAGUUCCUGAAGCACCCAGUUGAGAUCUCUGGAAUUAAGCAUAAUCUGAAGAUUGUCCACCCAGAGACUGAGCACAACCACGGUCAUGGAUUGACCCUGGAAAACCACAGCGAGUUUGACUCCAAGCUCCACGGCGGCCAUGGAUACGACCUUGGCCAUGCAGGAUCGGAGCACGUUGCUCAGGACUUUGGUCACGACUACGAACACCAUUACGGCCAGGUUGAGGAACAGGAGGAUAGCUAAGCAGCACGGACACCGCACCGGGUACAGCCAAGCCAGCUCAGCCACUCGAUUUUCCACAUCCGUCGUAAUUUGCGAACCAAAGUGCAACGCAGUGCAAACGUCGUUUCAAGGAGGCAGGUGCAGCAUGGCGAUAAAAUAUGUAUACAUGUGAUAUAGUCAGCUAUUGUUUUAAGUAUUGUUCGCUAUUAUUGUUACGCAUGCGCAUCGCCCUAUUCGCGAACAAAGUGGAAAGGAUCGAAAUGUUCGACCUCCGGCUUCCGAGUAGGGAAAAAUACUAAAUUAUCACAUCAUCAUCGCUCGCUGUUAUUUUUCAAACUUGAAUUGUUAAAUUUUAAAAUAUAAAAAUUAUUGGAAUCGAAAUUAAUUAUUUUCAUAUUUCCCGAAUUCAUUCUCAUCGAAAAGCUAGUUUCAGUUCCUUCAAUGGCGCAAUCCAAUUUGACUGAAAACGAUGUCAUUAUAGAACAUAUUUUUGAACUUUCCCUCGAAGUUUAAAAAAAUCUCACCACAACAUCGAUCUACGGGCAGAGGCGAAU